AUGGAAACCCCCGGGGUGGAAAGUCCAGAAUUCUACAAGAGUCUCUUUGCUAAUCUCCAAGAGACGCUGCGCCUGAAGGAGAAGGAGGGCUGCCCGCAGGCCUUCCACGCGCUCCUCUCCUGGCUCCUGACCCAAGACUCCGCCGCCAUCCUGGACUUCUGGAGGGUCCUCUUCAAGGACUACAACCUGGAGAGAUACGCCCGGCUGCAGCCCAUCCUGGACAGCUUCCCCAAAGAUGUGGACCUCAGCCAGCCCCGGAAAGGGAGGAAGCCCCCGGCCGGCCCCAAAGCCCCAGCACCGCUGCCCAGACCCCCCACCAAGAGGAAGGCCCUGGAGGAGCCUCGGGCUGCCCCGCCAGCAGCCCUGUCCCCCAGACGCACCUCCAGCCCAGGCUCCCAGGUGAAGGCCAAGCACGUGAAGAAGCAGGAGAGCGCCUCAGAGCCGCAGUGCCUCCCGCUGGGCAAUGGAAUUCAGACUAUGUCCGCUUCGGUCCAGAGAGCCGUGGCUGUGUCGUCUGGGGAUGUCCCAGGAGCCUGCGGGGCUGUGGAGGGGAUCCUCAUCCAGCAGGUGUUUGAGUCAGGUGGCACCCAGAAGUGCAUCCAGGUUGGCGGUGUUUACACUCCCAGCAAGUAUGAAGACCCCGGCGGGGGGAAGAGCAAAGCCCGCAGCGGCAGCGGCCUGAAGACCCUGGUCCGAGCAAAGGGUCCCCAGGUUGCUGCCCCUGCUGCAGAGGACCCGCGAGCAGGCCAGCAGGACAGGGUCCCGGCCCCCCUUCCCCUCCCCCUCUCCAGCGAGCCCCAGCUCCACCAGAAGAACGAGGAUGAGUGUGCCGUGUGCCGGGACGGCGGGGAGCUCAUCUGCUGUGACGGCUGCCCCCGCGCCUUCCACCUGGCCUGCCUGUCCCCACCGCUCCAGGAGAUCCCCAGUGGUACUUGGAGAUGCUCCAGCUGCCUCCAGGGAAGAGCCCAGCCAGACCUGCCUGGGGCCAAGGAGCCACCUGCGGAGACCCCGGUAAGCACAGGCCCCCCUGUCAUCCUGGGACUGCGGUCCUCAGGAGAGGAGGUGAAGGGACCGCUCAGGGAGCUCCCCGCUGGUAUGGACACUGCUGUCGCCUACAAGCACCUGCUACCCAUCCUGGACCCCUCCACCCUCCGCCCCCUACUCAGUGUGGGCCCUGAGGGGCAGCAGGCGGCCAAGGCAGGGGAUGAUUCUACUGGUCACGAGCCCGUUCUGCACAGGGAUGACUUGGAGUCCCUCCUGAGCGAGCACUCCUUCGAUGGCAUCCUGCAGUGGGCCAUCCAGAGCAUGUCCCGCCCGCUGGCCGAGGUGCCCACCUUCCCCUCCUGAUCCGGAGCCCCAAGCCUGGAAGCAUGGAGGGGCAGGGGCCGAGGGAGAUCAGGUCCUCCCAUCCCUGCAUCAGUGGACCUGUGAGUGCCCGCUUGUGCUCACGGUGACUCUGCUCUGAGAGGGACGGAGGGACAAGCUCCCUCGCCCCGGAGCUGUCCAGGUGGGAGCCAAGAGGACUGACAAGUUCCAAGUAUUGUCAAUGCCGCUUGUAAACACAACCCGUCUUUGUAAACACAAGCCAUCAUGUGCCCUAAUAUUAAAGUCACGUCUGUGUAGGUU